GUUCCGGUGAAGGGGGAAAAAAAGAGAAAGACCUGGCGAAAUUGCUGUCUUUCUGUCUUAGAAGCACCUGUCUCCCUAGUCCAGAAAGGGAACCGAGACCUCAGAAAGGCUGCGCAGACCAUUCAGGAGGAUUUACUGAUGGACAAAAGCAAAACCCAGCUUCAGCCCCAGCAGCAGCGGCAGCAGCAGCAGCAGCAGCAGCAGCUCCAGCCGGAGCCCAGCGCAGCGGACACCCCGUCCAUGCCCCUCUCCUCGGAGACCCCCAAGCCGGACCACAGCAGCCCAGCCGCGGCGGCCCCGCCGGCCCCCAACGGCCCUGAGAAGAUGCAGAUGGAGUCGCUGCUCCUGCCGGGCUUGAGCUUCCACCAGCCCCCGCAGCAGUCGCCGCCGCAGGACUCCGCCGCGGAGCCCGGCUCGUCGCCGCUGUCGCUGUCCUUCGGCAGUACCUGGUCCACGGGCACCACGAACGCGGAGGAGGACAGCUUCUUCCAGGGGAUCGCCCACGUCCACGGGACCAAGCUCUUCCAGAACUUCCCGGACAACGUCAGCUCCAUCUUCGAGGGCACCUUCUCUCCGCAGAUCGGCCUGGCGCAGACCCAGCACCAUCAGCAGCCGCCGCCGGCGCCCGCCCGGCAGCCGCAGCCCCCGCAGCUCCCGCCGCAGCGCCGCUCGCCCGCCAGCCCCAGCCAGGCGCCCUUCGCGCCCCGGAGCGCCGCCGCCGCGGCGUACGACCACCAGCUCAUCUUGACCAGCAAGCCGUCCGCGUCCCGGGCCGCCGCCGCUGCCGCCGCCGCCGCCGCCUCGUCCUGCUGGAGCGCGCACCAGGGCGGGAGCGCCGCCGCCUGGAGCGCGCCCUCCGCCCCGUGGGGCGGCCUGCCCGCCGGGGACCCCCGCCGCGCGGUCGGCGUGGGCGUGGGCGUCGGGGCGCCCUCGCCGCUCAACCCCAUCUCGCCGCCCAAGAGGCCCUUCAGCAGCGCGAUCGCGCCGCCCAAGAUCGCCCGCGCGGCCCCGCUGCCCCCCAAGUCCUGGAUGGAGGACAGCGCGUUCGGCACCACUGACAACGGCAACAAUCUGUUGCCAUUCCAGGACCGGAGUAGGCCCUAUGACACUUUUAACUUGCACUCGUUGGAGAACUCCUUAAUGGAUAUGAUAAGGACUGAUCAUGAGCCUCUGGAAGGACUCAUGGGAAUAAAUUUCCAUCAUCCAGGAACAGAUAAUGCUAUGGCAUUUAACAGUCUGUAUUCUCUCUUUCCAUUUGAAGAUGCCUUCCUGGACGACAGUCAUGGCGGCGACCAGUCCUUGUUCUCUGACCUAAGCUCCCCCACUGGCUGCCAAAAUGGGGAGCGAGUGGAGCGCUACUCCAGGAAGGUGUUUAUUGGAGGCCUUCCUCCUGACAUCGACGAAGAUGAGAUCACCGCCAGCUUCCUCAGGUUUGGACCUCUCGUGGUGGACUGGCCUCACAAAGCCGAAACCAAGUCGUACUUCCCUCCGAAAGGCUAUGCCUUCCUGCUGUUCCAGGAGGAGAGCUCCGUGCAAGCUCUGAUAGAUGCCUGCCUGGAGGAAGACGGGAAGCUGUACCUGUGCGUGUCCAGCCCCACCAUCAAGGAUAAACCGGUGCAAAUUCGACCGUGGAACCUAAGUGACAGUGACUUUGUAAUGGAUGGUUCUCAGCCUUUGGACCCCAGAAAGACUAUCUUUGUUGGGGGAGUUCCACGACCCCUUCGAGCUGUUGAACUGGCCAUGAUCAUGGACGGUUUGUAUGGUGGUGUCUGCUACGCCGGCAUUGAUACGGACCCAGAACUGAAGUACCCCAAAGGUGCUGGCCGAGUGGCGUUCUCCAACCAGCAGAGCUUCAUCGCAGCCAUCAGCGCCCGCUUUGUGCAGCUCCAACACAAUGACAUUGACAAGCGGGUGGAAGUGAAGCCAUACGUGCUGGAUGAUCAGAUGUGUGACGAGUGCCAGGGCACGCGCUGCGGGGGGAGGUUCGCCCCGUUCUUCUGUGCCAACGUCACCUGCCUGCAGUAUUACUGCGAGUACUGCUGGGCCAGCAUCCACUCGCGCGCCAGGCGGGAGUUCCACCGGCCGCUGGUGAAGGAGGGAGGCGACCGCCCUGGUCACCUGCGGUUCCAUUGGAGCUGAGCCCCGGGCAGACCUGGCCAGGCGUACUGAAGUCCACGACAAAAGAGGGAACCGAGAGGACACUGCCUCAGGGCUUACAGUGUUCUGGAAAUCUGUGCAUUCGUUCUCGAUUUUUAAAGAAGAAAUGAGUCUUUUUUUUUCUUU